CGCCCGUCUGUGAUCGGGCCGCGCCGCUCCCGUCCCGUCUCGGCCCCGAAAUGCCCCUUUUCAGCGUGCCCAAAGAAGUGGCCGUCGGGACGGCCAUGCUGGGGGUCGCCUUUGCCACGGGGAUGCUCGCAGGUAAAAGAUACCCUUUAAUUUUUGGGACACCCAAAUCACCCAGGAGUAUUAUCGGGAAAAGCAGUCCUAUCCGGCAAUACAUACUGGAUCACUCUUUGCGAGAACAUCCAAUUCUAAAGAAGCUGCGACUGCUCACGGCUGAUCAUCCUUGGGGUAGAAUGAUGGUGUCCUGUGACCAGGCACAGUUUAUGGCAAAUUUGGUCAAACUCAUCAAAGCCAAGAAAGUUAUUGAAAUAGGUGUUUUCACUGGUUAUAAUGCCUUGAAUAUGGCACUUGUCCUGCCAGAUAAUGGCAGAGUUGUUGCCUGUGAUAUAAAUGAGGACUAUGUUAAAAUUGGAAAGCCACUGUGGAAGGAGGCAGGAGUAGAGCAUAAAAUUGACCUACGGAUUAAGCCAGCAAUUCAAACACUUGAUGAACUGUUGGCCAGUGGAGAAGCGGAAACCUUUGACUUUGCUUUCAUUGAUGCAGAUAAAGAAAGCUACAACGAGUACUAUGAAAAAUGUUUGCGCCUCAUAAAAAAAGGCGGAAUAAUAGCCAUUGAUAAUGUCCUAUGGAAUGGAAAGGUGCUAAACCCAAGAAAGGAUGAUUUGGCAGCCCAGAGCAUCCACCACCUCAAUGAAAAGCUUCUCAGAGAUGCACGAGUCAGUAUCAGCAUGAUCCCAAUGGGGGAUGGAGUCACAUUAGCGUUCAAGUUGUAAGUGAAGGAAGCCCAGCAAAUGGGAAACAAAAGCAGCAUCAAAUAAUAUGGAAAAAUGCAGGCAGCAUCAAAAAUGGUCAUUUAACCUGUAACUCCACUGGGUAUCAUAGUCUGGGAAAGUAGACUUUAGGAGCAGCAGGAUCCUAAAUACAGCUAGGUUGAGAAGAGAGACUUAUUUUGAGAUCCACUAUGAUUUCUUAUUCUAAUUGCAAUAAAGCAAAUAAAGUUAUGUGAGGUUGCCCUUGCAAGACAGUGGUUGAAAAAAUCUUGCUCUGUAGAAUGAGAGUUCCCAACAAGUCAAUGCAACAAAGUAGGUUUCUGUCCUACAAUAGGCUAUAGAGUAGCAAAAUAAUCAGUCCUACUAUCAAAAGGAAGUGGAAUUUACUAAUAUUAAUAGUUGUUAUAAAAAAGGAGAUUUUAAUGAAACAUACACAACAUCAGGAAGAUUGUGAGCCUUCUCUAAAAUAGUGAAAGUCACUAGUAAUCUUUGAUGGGUACUACACAACAAGCCUCAAAUAUACACUUGUCAAAGGAUAAGUGGGAUUUCCAAUACAGAGCACUCCCUAAAA